ACUAUGUAUGACCUCUUUACCGCUCUACCCCUCCUUUGUUGUCGGUUUGUAAGUCAGUAAACCGAUUUUAAAGAGUUGAGGAAAUCCCCAGAACAAUGUCUGAAGAUAUACCCUUUCGAGUGCUCGUGAUUGGAGCUGGUAUUACUGGCCUGCUUAUUGCCCAGGGUCUAAAGAAGGAAGGCAUUGCAUGUACCGUCUUCGAGUCCGAGCCUUCUGCGUCGCAUUAUAGAGCAGCGGAAUGGGGGAUGUCGAUUCAGUGGGGGAUCCCAUUACUACAACAAUGUCUUCCCGAAGCCCUUUUCGAUCGUCUUCAGUCUGUCGCAACUGAUCCGUACUUCACCCCGCCUGACCCAGGACUUCUGCCAACUCUAAAUGGGAAAACUGGCGAGUUACUUAAGGACGUACCGCUGUUGCGGAUGUUCCGUGUAUCUAGAAGGAGGUUCAGAAGCCUCUGCGCAGAAGGUAUAUCAGUUGAAUACGAUAAGACUUUGAAAGACGUUGUUUAUGACGAUGAUAAAAACACUGUUACAGCCAUUUUUGCGGAUUCUUCGCGAGCAGUUGGUUCGUUGCUUGUAGGCGCAGAUGGCGCCCAUUCAGCCGUCCGAACCUGUAUUUUUGGACCGGAAAAGGGGCGUGCAUCCAGUGUGCCAUAUUCAGCAGUGAACAUAUGCGUCAAGUAUAACGAUGCUGAGAAAGCACGCUUCGUGCGCCAGCUCCAUCCAAUAAUGGCCAUGGGAAUCCAUCCUGAUGGGCAUUGGCUGUGGAUAUCUAUCCAGAGCGUCCCUGAUCCCAACGACCCAGCCACUUGGAGCUUUCAACUACAGACAACAUCGCACAAGGGCAAAGAUGAUGUUAUGUCGCUCGAAAACCUAAAGAAAAAGGCAGCGACUUUUGCAGAACCAUUCCGCUCUGCAAAUCUCUGGAUUCCAGAAGGAACACCAAUACAUGAGAAUAAAAUCUCCUACUGGAUGCCUAUCCCUUGGGAUGAUCGUAACGGCAGGAUCACCCUGGCUGGAGAUGCCGCACAUCCGAUGACAUUUCAACGCGGUCAAGGUAUGAAUCACGGUAUCGCCGAUGCCGCCAGCCUUGUCACAAAGUUGAAGUCCGCUCUGGACGGCCAUUCCAGCGUCAAAGAUGCCGUCAAGGCAUACAAUACUGAAAUGAUUGAACGUGCCGGUGACGAGGUGGCUACCUCGAAAGAAAACACUGAAAUGCUUCAUGACUGGUCUAGGAUGAUGGAUUCGCCAAUUAUGCAGAAAGGGGGUCAUCCCAGAUCACAGCAGCCACCUGCUGUCGUAAAGCGCUAAGCCAAAUGCAUGCUUCAUGGGUUGGGCUUGGGUGAGUCGCAAGACGACUGGCUUCGGCAAUCUUGGUCUUUCCCAUCACCCUGCUUUGAGUCUGGACCAGGGUUGGGGAGGAUCCCGGGAGGGACAGAGUUCCUGGGACUGUUGCGCGGUUAGAUAUAUAGAAUAUGAGGGGUAAAUUAUUAUAUCCACUGAUAUACAUGGGAGCUUCGUGUUUAAGUCAAUAUGGCAUUCGUCAUAUACUCGAAUAAAGUGUCUUGAUUGGAUAUCCAUAAACUGCUCUAUUCACCA